AUGAGCCGUCCCCCAAGAAACCGGAUCCCCAAACCGCCCGGUCCGGGCAGCGGCGUUCGUAAGAGCAGCAGCAGUAGCAGCGGCGGCAAGAUGCUGUCCAUGUCCUACAGCGAGAGCAUACGGAGCGGCAUCAGCCGCUACCACUCGGACCAGGGCCUCAAUCAGCCGUCCCGGCAGACGGACCAGGCAGAGCUGCAGCGCCUCAGGGAGCAGAGAGUCGCCGCACAGAUCAAGAACAUGGAGGACUUUCUCAAGAUGAAUGGCUUGGCUCUGGAAGAGUGUGUCUCCUUCCAGACAGGCAUGAAAUACAGAAACCUUGGGAAGUCUGGAUUAAGGGUGUCCUGUCUAGGAUUGGGAACAUGGGUGACGUUUGGUGGCCAGAUCACAGAUGAGAUGGCGGAGCAGCUGAUGACUCUGGCGUACGAGAAUGGGAUCAAUCUGUUUGACACGGCCGAGGUCUAUGCCGCGGGAAAGGCGGAGGUGGUGCUGGGGAACAUCAUAAAGAAGAAAGGAUGGAGGCGUUCCAGUUUAGUGAUCACCACUAAAAUCUUCUGGGGUGGAAAGGCGGAGACUGAGAGAGGAUUAUCGAGAAAACACAUCAUAGAAGGUUUAAAGGCGUCCCUGGAGAGGUUGCAGUUAGAAUAUGUAGAUGUGGUGUUUGCCAACAGACCGGACCCUAACACACCGAUGGAAGAAACGGUGCGAGCGAUGACUCACGUGAUCAAUCAGGGAAUGGCCAUGUACUGGGGUACUUCUCGCUGGAGCCCCAUGGAGAUAAUGGAGGCGUACUCUGUUGCCCGGCAGUUCAACCAGAUCCCUCCCAUAUGCGAACAGGCUGAGUAUCACAUGUUCCAGAGAGAGAAAGUAGAGGUACAGCUCCCAGAGCUCUUCCAUAAGAUUGGUGUUGGGGCGAUGACAUGGUCCCCAUUGGCCUGUGGGAUAAUCUCAGGGAAAUACGACAGCGGGGUUCCCCCAUACUCCCGUGCCUCUUUGAAGGGCUACCAGUGGUUGAAGGACAAGAUCUUGAGCGAGGAAGGCCGGCGUCAGCAGGCGAAGUUGAAAGAGCUGCAGGCAAUCGCGGAGCGGCUGGGCUGCACUUUGCCACAGCUUGCCAUCGCGUGGUGCCUAAGAAAUGAGGGAGUCAGCUCUGUCCUCUUAGGAGCCUCUAACACUGACCAGCUCAUGGAGAAUAUAGGAGCUAUACAGGUUCUUCCAAAGUUAUCCUCCUCCAUCGUGCACGAGGUAGACAGCAUCCUAGGAAACAAGCCCUACAGUAAAAAGGACUACCGCUCCUAA